UCUUGAGCAAUCACUCUGACUAGCUGGGGACGAACAUAUGCUCUACGCAUUGCCAUAGGUUCCAUCAUCAAGAAUCCUUUGUAAAGCUUCCGUUUCCCUGUCUUUUCAGUCUUUCUCUUAGGUUCUUCCCCCGUAAAGGCUGCGCUUUCUUGCCCGGAGAUCAACUCGGAGCAAUACCCAUCUGCUGAAAUUCAUUGGAAAGCCUUCUUUAGAGAGUCUCUGAUUCGUGGAGAUCAGUAUGGAAAACGCUGGUGGAGAAGCUGGUGGAAGAAAUUCAGGAUAUGGUCAUGUGACCUUGAAUGAAAGGAUUCUGUCUUCAAUGUCGAGAAGAUCUGUUGCUGCACAUCCCUGGCAUGACCUUGAGAUCGUGCUCUGUUUAUCAUUUGCAGGACCAGGUGCUCCUGCAGUUUUCAAUUGCGUGGUUGAGAUUGGCAAAGGGAGCAAGGUUAAGUAUGAACUAGACAAGACAAGUGGCCUUAUAAAGGUUGAUCGAGUCCUCUACUCAUCGGUUGUUUACCCACACAAUUAUGGUUUUAUUCCCCGUACCCUUUGUGAAGACAGUGAUCCCAUGGAUGUCCUCGUACUGAUGCAGGAGCCAGUGCUACCAGGCACCUUCCUUCGUGCUCGGGCUAUUGGGUUGAUGCCUAUGAUUGACCAGGGCGAGAAGGACGACAAGAUCAUAGCAGUGUGUGCUGACGACCCAGAGUUCCGCCACUACAAGGACAUCAAGGAGAUCCCUCCCCAUCGCCUUGCUGAGAUUCGCCGCUUCUUCGAGGACUACAAGAAAAAUGAGAACAAGAAGGUUGAUGUUGAGGACUUUCUCCCAGCAGAGGCUGCCGUUGAAGCCAUCAAAUACUCCAUGGAUCUGUAUGCAUCUUAUAUAGUUGAGAGCUUGAGGCAGUAACUCGACAACCCAAAAUGAUAGACUUCGUUGGGGUUCGAUACCAAUCAGUUAACUUCCUCAUCAUGACCUUUUAGUUGGAAAAUCCUUGUACCUGGACUGUUUUGAUGGGCUAUCCUUAUUUGUAUGAUUCCGGCGCCGUACUUUGAGGCAUGCUAUUGCUACCUUCUCUCUGUAGAAUACAGAUACCGAAUAUGUCUGUAUCCUAUGAUGACCAAUGCUACUUUUAUGUUCUUAAAAUCUCACUGAGGGUUGAUUA